CUGCUGAGUUCCCGCCUCUAUCUCCGCCCGGCGCCAAGCAGAGGGAGGCGGAGGAAAGAGAAGAGCAGAGAAGCGGCGCUGCAGCGAGGGCAGCCGCAGCAAAAGAAAGGGAGUUUUGUCCUCGCUGCUGCUGCUGCGCCCGGCCUCUGAGCAAGCCACCAUGGCCGCUGCUUGCCUCAGGCCGAAGGCGGGCUGCGAAGCGCGAAAGGCAGCCGCGGCCGCAGGAGGAGCAAACGCCCAGCAGUGACCAGCCUCCUUCUCUCUCCCUCGUCCAGGCCGCGUCCUCCGGCGUCGCGCUGAGGGGGCGCCGCUCCGCCUUGCCGUCGCCCCUCACUUUCCCCUCGGCAGCGGAGGCGGUACCAGCAUCAUGUGGGGGAGGCUUCUCUCCGACAUCGGGCAGAACGAGGACUACCGAAUAGAACCCUGGAGCAUAGGGUUCAAUUCCCUGUUAAGUCUAUGGCUGAGCAUGGUGGCCCUAAGAGAAUCACUAUCUUGCAGCUUCAGGUUCCUAAUUGUAAAAUGGGAGUAAUAGUGACUGUUCUUCAAAAGGUAUCGGAAGACUGUAAUACUGAAGGUCCAGAAUGUUCUUCAUCAGGAUGGUUUUCGGGUACUGAUUCUCUGUGGCAAGCCACAGCAGGUCCACCCAGCCGCCAAAGUACCCAUAUCAGAAGACACAGCAUAGCUUCUGACAGUGGGGACACAGGUGUUGGAACUUCCUGUUCUGAUAGUGUGGAAGAUCAUUCCACAUCAAGUGGUACUUCCUUGUUUAAGCCCAGCCGCUCGUUGGUCUCGAUUCCCACAGCCCAUGUAAUGCCAUCUCAUAUCAACACUUCGCUUUCAAAACAUAGGGAUCCUCUCAAGUCCAACUCUACAAAGUGGAGCACAAGCCUUUUGAGAUCUGCUCAAAGCAGGCAUCAGGGCAUGUUGGACAGCUCUCUCGAUAUGAAAGAUUUGAGGCCUGUAAGGAAGUGGUCAUCGUUGUCUAAACUCAGCACACCUCUUAGUUGUAACCAGGAUGGGGAUGUUUAUUCAGCAGAAUGCAGGACCAACUUGGAUACAAAUGGAAGAGACAAGACUGUUUCACCACAAUUAAGAAAAAGUGGGUCAAAUUGCUUGUACAAUAGUAUGGAACUAUUAAAGUCUGAGGACAGAGAAAAUGGGAAGAAAAAAAAUUCUACUUUGAAUUGCAAAUACAAAUUUGAAAGUUGCAGCAAAGAAGAUUGGGGGGUUCCUGAUGCCUCAAACAGGAGACAUGCCUUAGAUAUGACCUAUAGUGCCUUACCUGAAAGCAAGCCUGCUCCAUUAAACUCUGAAGCUUUUCAUCAAGAAUAUAUAACUUUGGAACCACAGGCUGCAGUUUCCAUUCAGUCUUCUGAGAGGACUCAGAGGUGGCUUACAGAACAAUUUCGUACAAACCCUCCAGAAUCCAGGCCUUCUGAGGAAUCAUAUAGCCUAUCUCCUUGGCAGUUACAGCAACUUGAAGGACUUAGAACAGGAAGUGAACAUCUGCAGGUUCUGGGUGGAUCAUAUCAUCAGAGUUAUCCAGCUACAAACUUUCAGGACUAUAAUAAUUGGGAGUCCCUGAUGAAAAUUAAAGAAGGGCUGUUAAGGCAAAAAGAAAUUGUGAUUGAUCGGCAAAACCAGCAAAUUAACCUUCUGUAUCAGAAAAUAAGAGAGAAUGAACUACGAGCUCAACAAGCAAGAUUAGGGCACAUUGUAAAUUGUGAAGAAUCAUACAUGAAUAGUUUCCAGCCUCAGUAUGAGAAAACAUCAAUGCCAGCUCCAUUUGCAGAGAGAUCUUUGACCCAGUGUGAAAGGGAGCAAGUUAAGCUUGUAUCAGUACAAAAUAAGGAGCUACAGCUCAGUGAGUUUUUGAAAGAAAUAGUAAACAAAUCCAAUGAAGAUAAAAAGAAAAUGGAAGAGAAGCUCAAAACCCGAGACAGGUACAUAAGUAGCCUAAAAAAGAAAUGCCAGAAAGAAUUGGAACAAAAUAAAGAGAAACAGAGACGAAUUGAAACACUUGAAAAAUACCUAGCUGAUUUGCCAACACUGGAUGAUAUUGAGAGGCAAAGUAAAGAGCUACAGGGUCUUGAAGAAAAAAAUAAGCAACUGAAAGCUACUAUGGUUAAGCUAGAAAAGGAAUUGGAAGAAUCUAAGACACAAUGUAAAGAAAAAGAAUUGCAGCUUGUGUGCCAGAAGAAGAAAGAAAAAGAGUUGAUAAUUGCAGUGCAAAGCUUGCAACAGAAAGUAGAAAAAUGUCUGGAAGAUGGUGUCCGCCUUCCUAUGUUGGACGCAAAACAACUUCAGAAUGAAAAUGAAAGCCUCAAAGAAAAAAAUGAGAAGGCUUACAAGGUCAUAGACAAUCAACAAAAUCGGAUCACUGAGAUAUCUUUAGAGAUACAGUCUAUGCAAGAAAAGCUUUUAGAAGGAAAUCUGACAAUUCAGAAACAAAAAAAUGAACUUGAAGAAAAGGAAAAGAGUGUACAGCAGUUAAAGGAGGUACUUCUUGAAAACCAAAGAUUUAUGGAAGAAAAUGAACGUUUAAGAGAACAGAUUCGUCUGAUGGAGCAGUCCAGACAACCGGUGGCUGAAAAGUUACCUGUGGCAGAUCAGUUAUUCAUUGAGAUGUCUCACUGUCUGUUUGACUUGAAAGCACUUUGCAGUAUUCUUACUCACAGAGCUCAGGGCAAAGAACCUAACCUGUCCUUGCUGCUCGGAAUCCAAUCAAUGAACUGUUCCUCUGAAGAUGAGAAGCACCAUAGCACAGAAAGUCUCUCGAAGAAGCUAACAGAGGUUUGUCAGUUACGGAAAGAUAUUGAUGAACUGAGGACUAUAAUUUCAGACUGCUAUGCUCAGGACAUGGGAGAAAAUUGCAUUACACAGUGAUGACACCUUGGCCUCAUACUAACAACUAAGUUAUUAAAUGCUGCUCUGGUUUUAGUUCCUCAUAUUUCUGUUACAAACAAUACUGGAAAGCAAAUGCUGUGCCAGCUGAAAAGGUUUCAUAUGUUUGUGCAUAGUUGAUGCAGGUAAUACGAUCGUCUAUCGAAGAGAUUUUGUGCUGCGGGGAAAAAUCUAAUUUCUUUAAAACUACUGAAUGUAGGUCAAAGCUGUGAAUAAUGUUCUUUUGAAAAUGUUUUUUAUUUCUUUUGUUAUGCUGAUAAAAGAAAAUACAAUGUUUCCUGGAGUAAAAACGGAAUUACCAGAAGAGGGCACUAUAACAGUGGUUCAUCAAGCUUUUAGGAUAGAAGAUCAGGCCUGAGAAUCUUCAUGACAAAGGCAGUUGGAUGUGCUUGGUUAUUUGAACGCCAGGUAUUAGAACUGUGGAUGAAGAUAUAGAGUCCUAACAAAGAUUUUUUUUCUUUUUUUCUUUUUUCUUUUUUUUUUGGAUGAAGAGAGUACUGAUGGUUUGGGCCGUUAGGUAAAAAUUAUAUGCUCUUUAAGGGUUGCAUUCCACGUUUGAUUAUUGUUUUAUUCUGCAGUUCUUGUGUAAUGCAAAGGGGAAAAAAAGAUGAAAAAACAUUCACAUUUCAGGAAGGGAUUCAGACUUAGAAUUUAGUCACCAACUAUUAAGCUCUUUUGCAUUAAUUAGGUUGGGCAAAAUGGUUUAGAUAAAAUAUUUUUUUAAAAAAUCAAAAACAUUAAGUGAUAUUUUCAUAUGUGUGUGCGCGUGUGUGUCCCUAAUAACUAUAAAAAUACGAAUCCCAGGCGUAUCUGUACAAUAAUAGAAAAUCCUCGAAUUCUGGGAAGGAUAUAAACCAGCUGUUUAUUGUUAAAAACUAAAACAAUAAAAACAACUAUUUACAAUACUAAAAGCAACCUAAGCUUUUGCUGGUCCGCUGCCAGCGUCAUCAGAGUGA